AUGAAUAGAAGAUUAUCAUCAGAACAAGACAAUUUAAGAAUAAAAAGAGCAUUAAUGAGAUAACAAAUAAAUCAAUCACAUAGAGUUGAUAGAGAAUUUGAAAUUGAUGAGAGAUUUCAUUCAGUUUCUAUGUAUAUAAAACAUGAUGAACUCGAAAUUGAUGAUUGUGAAUAUUAUGAUCAUUAAACAUGGGAACGAUUAGAUAGAUUUGAUUAAGUAGUACCAAAUUAAAGAAAUAAUUGUUCAUGGGUUAUAUAUGAAGAUUUUUUGUAUAUCUUUGGUGGAUUCACAUUUAAUGGAAGAUUAGAUGAUGUUCAUAGAUAUUCAUUUGGUUCUAAUUAAUGGUAACGUUUAAAUACAUCAGGAUAAAAACCAAGUGCUAGAGAAAAUAAUGGGGCAAUAUAAUAUAAAGGUCACAUGUAUGUGUUUGGUGGAUGUGAUGGAUUAUUAUGGUUGAAUGAUUUUUAUUCUCUUAAUCUAAAGACACUUUAAUGGAAAAAAAUUGAACCUACUGGUUAGUGUCCUUCUGAAAGGUUUGGUAUAGCUUGUGGUGCUUAUUAAACUAAAAUGCUCAUUUUUGGAGGAUGUGAUGGUAAUCAUUAUCUUAAUGAUGCAUAUGUUUGGGAUUUUGAGGAAUAAGUGUGGAAUAAAUUGUAAUUAAUAGGAGAUAUUCCUUCUGCUCGUUCUUGUCCUUCUUUUAGUACAUUAAAUAAUUAAAUUUAUAUAUUUGGUGGAUUUGAUGGGGUUAAUAGAUUAAAUGACUUUUAUAAAAUAAAUAUCUUCACAGGAAAAGUUAAAAGAAUAAGUUAACAUGGUACAAUUCCAUGUCCAAGAUAUGUAAUAUUUUGAAAUUAUUUUAUAGUUUCAUACAUCAGAAGUUUAUUAAAAUAAAUUAUUAUUAUUUGGAGGAUUUAAUGGAUAGGCGAGAUUAAAUGAUUUAUAUGAAUUUGAAUUUGGAAGUAAGACUUGGAAGAAAUUAGAAGUUCAUGAACCUCCAAAGGGAAGAUCUUCUAUGGUAUUUUAAUUAUAUAAUGAUUCUCUUUAUGUUUUUGGUGGAUAUGAUGGAGAUGAAUUAUUAAGUGAUAUAUACAAAUUAGAAUUCAAGAAUGCUUAAGUUCCAAGAUCUAGUUUUAUUCAGGAUUUAAGAUCAUUAAUAAAUAAUCCUUAAAUGAGUGAUGUUGUAUUCAUUGUGGAAGAUCAUUAAAUCUAUGCCAAUCGUUGUAUUUUAGGAGCUAGGAGUGAACACUUUUAGACUCUAUUUUUUGAAGAAUUUAGAGAUAAAGAAUAAAUCUACAUAGAGAUAACUGAAUGUUGUUAUUAGACUUUUAUGGAUAUGUUACUAUAUAUAUAUACAGAUUAAUUGGACAUUUGUUUAAACACAAAUAGAUUAUUGAGUUUGAUAAUAUUAUCUGACUAAUAUCUAAUGUAAAGAUUAAAAUAUUUAUGUGAAGAGUAAUUAAUAAGAAAGAUAAAUUGCAAUAAUGUCAUAGAGUUAAUAUUAUUUUCAAAAAAGUAAUAUAUAUAUAUAUAAAUUAAUUUUUAUUAGAUAUAAUUGUAGAUUAUUAAGGAUCCAAACAAUGAAAUAAUUAGUUGAUAAUAUCACAACUAUAAAGAGAAGAAAAGAUUUUAUUAAAUUAGCAUAAGAACCAGAAAUACUAUUAGAGAUAAUAUAAAAAAAAUGUUGA